CAGCCCAGCUAAUGGGUGCAUGCAAUUGAAUGGGGAUCACUGAUGUAAAUAACCUUCGUCAUUAUAUUGGACAAAGGGAUAUAGGCUUGACUUUGAAGGAGUGAUGAGGGAUGUGCAAACUGCAAGAAUGUGAUGAGAUUGCUCAUUGGAAUGUCACUGUCACCCAGCUGUGUAUUGUGUUUUCUCUCUGCAGCUAUUGAGAGGCUCCAGAGAACAUAUUUAUGGCGUCUCUGAGAACAUAACAAACAAGGUUGGACAAAUUAUAGUAUGGAGCCUUGUAGUUUGAGUUAAUGUAAUAAUUAUUGACGUUUAAAUAGGCCACAGCAUAUCACAGACUAAAGGAGGAGCACACACCUGCAGAUAGUUGGGAAUCAGCUGAAGUGAGUCGCUGCUCCACUGAGACACAACUUCACUGACUUAUAUCCAGAGCUGACCACCUCCCAUCCACAACUGUUCUCAGUGAGGCUGUGAAAACACCACAGUCUGUUCCUGACUCCUGAUUCUCCAACAAACAAGAUGCAGACCAGGCCUGAGAAGUUUGGAUCUCUCUCCAGUCCAGCCAGCAGCUCUCAGCGAGGUCUGUUCAGGAAGAGUACCACAUAUCUGGCCAAGAUCGCUGUCAUCCUGCAGGACGUUCCUGGCAAGAUGCUCACCUUUACUCAGUUGAUGGACAGACUGGCCCCAUUCAUCUCUGACGACAAAAGAUCUGUUGAGAACAACAUCAGAGUUUGUCUAUCAACAAACACAUGUUUUGUCAAGAUUCCAGUUGUCCCAGAUUCUCUAGACAGUAAGAGGAACUACUGGAAACUGGACUCUGGUCAUAUCACAGCAAAGAUGGCGCGUCGUCACUUCAAAGGAAUCCUGCAGCUCUUCCCAGAGUUGGCCUCCAAAGUGGAAACGGAGAACCUGAGCAAAGCAUCGAGGAACUGCUCAGCUGUCCCCUCUCCUGAACCUGCAGCCUGCAGAGGGGUUCAAAUCAGAUGUGAGGUGAAGUUCAGCAGUCCUUUCUCUAUUGAAUCCCUCCUGAAGAGAGACAGUCCCUCUGCUCGGGCCUCCAGAGCUUCUCCUCUGUCCAGUGUGCCGUUCAAAGUGGAUUAUCAGCAGCGACGCUCCAUACAAAAAGUAUGGAAUAAGAAGGGCUUCAGCUGGGACUCUGAGGAGCCUCUCAGAGGCUCCUCAGAGUCCCAGCUGAAGCCCUUCUUAUUCCAUACUUUUUGUAUGGAGCGUCGCUGCUGA